UAUUUUAUUAAGGAUGCCAUUAACAAAAGUCCAAAAGUAAAAUUAUAUUGUAAAUAUUUUAACACUAUACGCUGUAUGAGGCAAAAUGGAUUAAUACCAGCUAUAGAAAAAGAGCCAAAUACAUCAAAAACAAAAUUGACUCCUACAAUAGACAAUUUGCAAAUACCAUUAGAAAUUGAAACAGAAUCAGAAAAUGCUGCAAACUAUUUAUUUAAUCAUGAUAUGACAUGGCCAGAAAUUGAGGAGAUUUGGAGAAAAACAAUAAACUAUAAGCUACAGUUUAUCAAAAAAUAUAAUACUGCUGAAAUAUUUAAUAAAUGGCAACAUUAUACUAAACCAAUGGGAUAUAAGCUUAUAGAUAUUGACUUUCACAAAAUAUAUAGCAGAUACAGUUGUUUUAUAACAAAAUUUGAAGAAGCUUCUUCAAAACUCAUUAAGAUACUGGAUGAACGGGUAAAAGAUUGUUGAAGUAAAAUUAUUAUAGAAAAAUUAAAAAAUAC